CUCGCAUUUGACUCGUCGGCGAUUCAGGAACCAAAGUCCCUUGGGUUUCCCGAAGUCUCCGGCCUUCCCCCUUGGCUUUUUACCAGCUGCCAGCUGGGCUGGUUGCUGGUGCAGGAUUCUGCGAGGACCGAGCAGUGCUGGAGUUCAUUUCUCUGGAGAGAGAGAGAGAGAGAGAGUGAGAAAACAGGAGCGAGUGAUCAGUAUACCAGUCGUUGGCUCGUUGUAAUGUGGAGUGCUUGUGCAAGGUGAUCCUCUCCCCUCACAGAGUAGAAAUAAUUCUCAAGGCAAAUAACUUAUGAAACGAAAGGAACCAACUGACGUGUUCGAGACAUCAUCCGUUCAUAAUUCAUUCAUUCAAAGCCAUAAAUGCCUCUGAUAGCAAGAAGAUGGACGUAUUUCAUUCUUCUGGUCCUUUCGUCAACUUACAGCUUGACAACACAGCAUCGCCAAGUUCAAUAUUUUGCUGGCGAUAACCUGGAAGAUCUCCCUUCCAGAGGAGAACGACGGACUUUUCCAUCGCCAACCAAUUUGGAAGUCCAGGAGCUCCGUCGAUUCAAACGUUUCACAGAGUCGAGGCCUUCGAACGUUCCGUCUGUGGCAUCCAUCAUCGACAGCCCAAAUCAAAGAGCGCAGGGGCGUCCUCCCGUCGUCGUCCUGGACAGAGUAAAUCAGCCUCCAACGAGGGAGCAAAUUCUGUGGCGAAAGAUCGCUGAGCUGCGCGCACAGAACAGAAACAACCCAACUGCACCUGUUUCUCAGACGCGAGGCAAUCCAGUUGCUUCAGCGCCCGCUCCGGGGAGGCCGCCAGGAGGUCAUCCCCAUCCUCACAGCAGGCCAGAUGGCUUUACCCUUACUCAGUCCGGGGGCACCAUUGUGAUAAACGACCAGGACCUAGCGUCAACGUUCGACAGAUGUGGACAGUACUUGGAACACUGUCUAGGCCACGUGCCAGGCCAUAUACAUGGACAUCAGCAUCAUCACCACGGUUCUACAUCAAAUGGACGAACGGCAGGGGUUAGUCAUACCCCAGUUAGUUUUUCGCCCGGUCAUAAUCAUCGGCACCACCAGCAUAACCGCAACCCUCCUUUCAUGAACUUCAAUGGUCAACAGAUACCUGUCUGGCCAGGCUGAUGAUGCUUUGUUAUCAAAGUUUUCCAGGAACAUAGCCAAGGUGAGGCAAGGGAGACAAUUAGCAAAUGUGAAUAGUUCGUUUUAUUUUACAGUCCGCCGAGGCUACGUUCAUUGCUCUUUUAUUAAAUAUAUGAAAAGUGACAACAAUGUUUAAUGUAGGUCUUGGUGUGAAGCUCAAUUUUUGGUCUAUCCCAAACUCAUGUCUUGCUUUCACCUGGUAUCCGCUCUUCUUAACAGAAAACAAUAUAUUGCAAUACACUCCCUGAAC